GCUGUCAUCAUCAAUCUCUCCCAAAUUUCAGUGCGUGACUGUGUGUGAGCUCUUCCGUGGUGGUUUCGAUCAUUUUCAGGUCGGAAUUGACUAAGACUAUGGAUUCUUCUCUCUGGGAUCCACCAAUUUGUGAAGAUGACAGUGCUGAUUUUACAGGAAAUUGGCAGUCUGAUUUCUCCUCUGGUGUGGGGCGCGAUGUCAUGGAAGAAGAUGCUAUAAAUGAAAGGUGUUGUAUCGAAGUGCUGAAAAGACUGAUACCUCAGGCUGAUGCCGAGAUAAAGGAACUUGAGGAAGAAAUUGUAUUUCUUCAGGCCCAAGUGGCUUUGGAAGAUGAUGCUUGGGCUAAGAAAUGCUUUGAUACUUUGACGGAGAGGAUCAAGGCGCUAGAUAUCUCGAUUCAGAGAUUGAAGAAUGAAAAAGUGCAACAGCAACAAGGACAGGCGUCUAGUUCCCAAACACAUGGAGAUCCUGCUCAGAAUGAAAAGCAACAAACAGAAAAUGAACUAAACUUUGGUUUCCAAACAGAUGGAGAUCCUGCUCAGAAUAAAAAUCAACAAACAGAAGAUGAAUUGGAUGUUUGUUUUCAAACAGAUGGAGAUCCUGGAAAAAUUGAAAGCCUACAAACAGAGGAGGACCUUGAUUCUCACAUCCAAACAUGUAAGGAACCUUCUCAGAACCAAAAAAUACAAUUGGAACAUGAGAUGCGUGUUCUUUGCCAAACACAUCUAGAACCUGCUCAGAUUGAAAACCUGCAAGCGGAACAUGAGCGGGAUUUUAAUUUCCAAACAAAUGGAGAUCCUGGUCAGGAUGAAACACUACAAAUGGAACAUGAAAUGGGUGUCCCUCACCAGAAACAUGGAGAACCUGCUCCGAAACUGAGUGAAAUACUAAAAGCUCUUCUGGAAAAGUACUACUUUCCAAACAGAGAUAAGCAGAGUUCAAGUUUCAAUGCUGAGAAGCUCGCCGCUCUCCAGUCCACAGAUGAGACCGGCUCGAGCAAUGCUGAAGCAGUAGCCUGUGCUGCCAAAUCCUUGAAAGAGGUUUCUGAACCUUUUAAUCUGGAAGUUUCAGAGGAUGCGGAAGAGAAAGACCAGAAUGGAGAUACCACAAUCAUCAACUCGUUCCCAAAUCUUUCUGAACAUGCAAGUGAAGUAUCCACCAAGAGAAAAAUGAUGGAGAUUGAUUCAAGCAUUGAGAUAGCACAUGGAACACGAAUACAUGAUUCAACAACCAAGGCAGUGAAGAGGAUGUAUACCCCAGACAUUCAGAAGGAAGCAACUGCCAUGAUGAUGGAUACCAGUGCGAAUGCCUUGAGCCACAUAGCCGGUUCAAGCAGUGGAACAGUGGGCUGCAAUCUUUCUGAAGAAACAGGCGGGGCAGUCACAGUACAGAAUUUCGGAAUUGAAAGCACUAAGUUGAAGCCAUCUCCAAAUCCCGCAGAAACCACUAUUACAGAAACUGAUAUGAGCAUGUUCCAGCUUGCAGAUAUCGAUUCAGUUUACAUGACAGAUCCCGUAAAACAGCAGGCCGAAGAGGUUGAUAUAACCAACUGGAUAGAGACGGAGUUUCCCCCCAUAACGAAGCAAGAAGAUUUGUGGCUUUCUGAUUUCGGAUGGGCAUUUGGGGAAUCAUCUUCACAGGUGUUCAAUAGCACCUCCAAAGAGGCAACGGAGCCAUUGAUCAAGAAAGGCGAAGAGUCGGGCAAUCUCCAAGCCGCUCAGACGAUGCAUGAGGGAAGGAUGGAAGGUUUGGUCAAGGUGGAAAUCGAUCCGGUCUCCAGCUUUCAUGCAGUGAACGAAUUUGGAGUUAAGAAGUCCCUCAAGUUAGUCUCUUGUACUACGUCAGUGGCCACAAUGAAUCUCGAGUUUUUGACAAUGGCUCAACUCAGAGCCAUGGCAAAGGCACGCAAGCUCAAAAGAUACUCCAAACUCAACAAAAGUGGCUUGAUCAAGCUUCUUGAGGAGUCACUUUAGAAAAGGAACAAGUCUGAUAGUGCAAUAUGCUUCCAGUAGCUAUAGAAGGUGCAUGAACUCAUUUUUACUUCGGUUUUUUAGCCAUUUUACAGACAAUGCCAUUGUAAACUUUAAGAAUGUGUAAGUGUGACUUAUCUAGACAAAAUUUUGAUGAUUUUGGGUACUCUGAUAGCUUUUUUUUCCCCAUGGAGCUUGAUAUUUGACUGGGCAAUAAUGUUGCUGGUGAUUUACUCGCUUGGAAAACUGCAUAUGGAUAAUAUUCACGAUAGUGCAUUCUUCGAUUCUGUGAAAUUCCACACUUUUUGUGGUUAUAAUUCAACUGCAGGCAGGUGGCAAUUCAGCAGAUUAAGUGGUAGCAACUCCCCCAACCGUUAUCAGCAAAUCUAUUGAGUUGGCUUAUGAUAAAUAGUAGUUGCAGAAGCAACUCUUUUCGUGUGUGACAAAUCACCAGCAGCUACAGAAAAACCAGGGGCAUCACCUUUUUCUCUCAGAUCGAUCUUCUAAACUAAUCUGUUGUUUAGCAAUAUCAGGGAAGUUACAAAGCCAUUUUUAGCAGUAUCAGGGAAGUUACAAAGCCAUUACCGUUUUCUCUCAAGGAUUGAUACAGUCAGCACUUGCUCUCCUUUAGCUUUCAGAAAGUAUCAAUCUGAUUCUGGAUGAAUUCCAUGUUAAAG